ACAAACUCAAAUACUAGUUUUCCCUCUCAUCUUUCACAGAGAAAUUCGAAACCGAUUUCAAUGGCGGGUCGUGGUAAAACUCUAGGAUCUGGGGCUGCGAAGAAGGCCACAUCGAGGAGUAGCAAAGCCGGUCUUCAAUUUCCGGUGGGUCGUAUCGCUCGUUUUCUGAAGAAAGGCAAGUACGCCGAACGUGUUGGUGCCGGAGCUCCGGUCUACUUGGCCGCCGUUCUCGAAUACCUCGCCGCCGAGGUUUUGGAAUUGGCCGGAAACGCGGCGAGAGACAACAAGAAGACUAGGGUUGUUCCGAGGCACAUUCAACUCGCGGUGAGGAACGACGAGGAACUUAGCAAAUUGCUCGGCGAUGUGACUAUUGCUAGUGGAGGUGUGAUGCCGAACAUCCACAGUAAUCUUCUUCCCCCUAAGAAGUCUGGUGCUUCAUCGAAGCCAUCUGGUGAUGACGAUUAAAUCAAACCAAUUUCAAUUCAAUGUUGUUCUUUUUUUUGUGGGCUUUUGUUUAGAUUUAGAUUAGGUUUUGUUUCUUCGUCAUGUAUUGUGAAGAAUCUGUUUAAUUGAAUGUUCAUAUGCUUCAAUUUCGGAUGAAAUAUAAAUAUUCUGACGAUUCUUUCUUCUUCAAUUGUAGUCUUUGCGAAGUAAUGUUAACCCAGAAUUGCUAAA